CGCGGCCCUGCGCGCCGGCGGGAAGCGGGUGCCCGCGUCCGGCGGCGGGAAGCGGGUGCGGCGCGCGCGCCGCGGCCAGCCCGGCCCAGGCGGCGGCGGGGUUCCCCUUUCCCUGCCGCCUUUCGCUGCGCUGCGGGGGCUGAGGCGGGCGCGGCGGCGGCGCUGCCGGGGCGGGGGAGCAGGACGAGGAGGAGGAGGAGGGAAGGGAAGAGAAGAGAAGAGAAGGGAGGAGGGAUAGGAGGAGCCGUCGCCGCUGUGAGGCGGGCGGGUUGCACACAUACACACGCACACACACAGAGGCAUAGUGAGCGGAGGAGGAGGAAGGAGGAGGUCGCCGCCUCGGCGGAGCCCCGGCACCCUGCGCAGCGCGGCGGGGCCGGCGGCGGCGCCCGCCCUGCCUCCCGCCCCGGCGGCUGAGGAAGGCAUUGUCUACAAUGGAAAUUUCUACAGAGUAAUUUCUGAUUUACAAAAGAAGGAAGAGUUUCUCAGCACAUCAGUCUAAUUAGACCACUGUUUAUCCAUCCAGUCCAGAACUGCUUUGGAGAGAAGAGAAAGCAGUGCUUAUCUUCUGUGUGAGCGUGUUCCCUUCUGUACCUGUCUCAGUAUGAGUGUCCCAGUUCACCCCGGUAGAAGUGGAGGUCCAAGCAGCAGGUGACGGUAAAGAACAGUGAUGAAGAGACUUGGAGAAGUAACAGCUCCCCCUUUUCUUUCCUGCUGUUCAACAUUGAAUUGCAUCUUAAUGUUAGGAAUUUAGAGAAAGCAUUUCAAGUGGCACCUAUCUAAAGGCUCAUUUUGAUCAGCAGGUGAAGUUAAUAGCAUUAGUUUAUGAUGGUGACACACAAGGACUGAUCCCUGUUCUAUGAGAAACUAUGUGGUUUUUCUUCUAUAAUAAUGGCAAAGCCUUAUGAAUUUAACUGGCAGAAGCCAGUUCCCUCUUUUAUGCAAGAUGGAGCUGUGUUUGAUAGAUAUGAAGAGGAAUCUUCUGUCUUUGAAAGCAACUGUCUCUUCCAAGUGGAUGAAUUUGGCUUUUUUCUGAGCUGGAAAAGUGAAGGAAAGGAAGGACAGGUAUUAGAAUGCUCCCUGAUCAACAGUGUUCGUUUUGGAGCUGUACCAAAGGAUCCCAAAAUACUAACUGCACUUGAGGCUGUUGGAAAAUCAGAAAAUGAGUUGGAAGGACGAAUAGUUUGUGUUUGCAGUGGCACAGAUCUGGUGAACAUCAGCUUCACUUUCAUGGUAGCGGAAAACACAGAAAUAGCCAAGCGAUGGGUAGAAGGGCUUGGAUCUAUCAUACAUAACUUUAGAGCUAACAAUGUCAGUCCAAUGACAUGUCUCAAGAAACACUGGAUGAAGCUGGCCUUUCUAACAAACACAAAUGGGAAAAUUCCAGUUCGGAGCAUUACCAGAACCUUUGCAUCAGGUAAAACAGAAAAAGUGAUCUUUCAGGCACUUAAGGAAUUAGGUCUUCCCAGUGGAAAGAAUGAUGAAAUUGAGCCUGCAGCAUUUACUUACGAGAAAUUUUAUGAGCUCACCCAAAAGAUAUGUCCCCGAACUGACAUAGAGGACCUCUUUAAGAAGAUCAAUGGAGACAAAACUGAUUAUUUAACGGUAGACCAAUUAGUGAGCUUUCUAAAUGAACAUCAACGAGAUCCUCGCCUCAAUGAAAUUUUAUUUCCCUUUUAUGACACAAAAAGAGCCAUGCAGAUAAUUGAGACAUAUGAGCCAGAUGAAGACUUGAAGAGUAAAGGAGUCAUAUCAAGUGAUGGGUUUUGCAGAUAUUUGAUGUCAGAUGAAAAUGCCCCAGUUUUCCUGGACCGUUUGGAAUUAUAUCAAGAGAUGGACCAUCCUUUGGCUCAUUAUUUCAUCAGUUCCUCUCACAAUACGUAUUUAACAGGCAGGCAGUUUGGUGGCAAGUCUUCAGUGGAGAUGUACAGACAAGUGCUUUUGGCUGGAUGCAGGUGUGUUGAGCUGGACUGUUGGGAUGGCAAAGGUGAAGACCAGGAACCAAUAAUAACGCAUGGAAAAGCAAUGUGUACAGAUAUUCUUUUCAAGGAUGUAAUUCAAGCCAUUAAGGAAACAGCAUUUGUUACAUCAGAGUAUCCUGUCAUUCUUUCAUUUGAAAAUCACUGCAGCAAAUAUCAACAGUACAAGAUGUCAAAGUACUGUGAAGAUCUUUUUGGAGAUCUCCUGUUGAAGCAGCCUCUAGAAACGCAUCCACUUGAUCCAGGUAAAGCCUUACCUUCUCCUAAUGACCUCAAAAGAAAGAUUCUCAUAAAGAAUAAAAGGCUCAAACCUGAAGUAGAAAAAAAACAGCUUGAUGCUCUGAAAAAGAUGAUGGAGGCUGGGGAAACUACUGCUCCUGUAAAUAUCCUUGAGGAUGAUAAUGAAGAAGAAAUAGAAAGUGCUGACCAGGAAGAAGAAGCUCAUCCAGAGUACAAAUUUGGAAGUGACCUUACUGUUGAUGAUUACAGUCAAAAAGAAGCUGUUGCCAUCAGUGUCAAAAAGGCUGUUGAAGAUUCUGAGCAAGAAAACAAUAAAAAGGGUUUAGUAACUGUUGAAGAUGAACAAGCAUGGAUGGCAUCUUACAAAUAUGUAGGUGCCACAACCAAUAUACAUCCAUAUUUAUCAACAAUGGUCAACUAUGCUCAACCUGUAAAAUUUCAAGGUUUCGAUGUAGCAGAAGAACGUAAUAUUCAUCAUAACAUGUCCUCCUUCAAUGAGUCGGUUGGUCUAGGGUAUCUGAAGACCCAUGCCAUUGAGUUUGUGAAUUAUAAUAAACGACAAAUGAGUCGGAUAUACCCAAAGGGAGGCCGAGUGGAUUCCAGUAAUUACAUGCCUCAAAUUUUCUGGAACGCUGGCUGCCAGAUGGUCUCACUGAACUAUCAGACCCCAGAUUUAGCAAUGCAGUUGAAUCAAGGAAAAUUUGAAUAUAAUGGAUCAUGCGGGUAUCUACUUAAACCAGAUUUCAUGCGACGACCAGAUCGAACAUUUGACCCUUUCUCUGAAACUCCUGUAGAUGGUGUAAUUGCUGCAACAUGUUCUGUACAGGUAAUAUCUGGUCAGUUCUUAUCAGACAAAAAAAUCGGUACGUAUGUAGAAGUGGAUAUGUAUGGUUUACCCACGGACACGAUACGUAAAGAAUUUCGAACACGCAUGGUGAUGAACAAUGGUCUGAACCCUGUUUACAAUGAAGAGUCAUUUGUAUUUCGAAAGGUUAUUCUCCCUGAUCUUGCUGUCCUGAGAAUAGCAGUGUAUGAUGACAAUAAUAAGUUGAUUGGUCAGAGGAUCCUGCCUCUGGAUGGUCUGCAAGCAGGUUACAGGCACAUUUCCCUUCGGAACGAGGGCAACAAACCACUCUCUCUUCCAACGGUUUUCUGCAACAUUGUGCUUAAAACAUACGUGCCUGAUGGUUUUGGAGAUAUUGUGGAUGCUUUAUCAGAUCCAAAGAAAUUUUUGUCUAUCACAGAAAAAAGAGCAGACCAAAUGAGAGCUAUGGGUAUCGAAACUAGUGAUAUAGUUGAUGUACCAAAUGACACUUCAAAGAAUGACAGAAAAGGAAAAGCAAAUAAUGCCAAAGCCAACGUAACGCCUCAGAGUAGCUCUGAACUUCGGCCAAGUACCACUGCAGGCUUUGGCUCUGGGACCGAUGCUAAGAAAGGUAUAGACCUUAUUCCUCAAGUGAAGAUAGAAGAUUUAAAGCAAAUGAAGGCUUAUAUAAAGCAUUUAAAGAAACAGCAGAAAGAGCUGAAUGCCUUAAAGAAGAAACAUGCAAAGGAGCACAGCGCUAUGCAGAAGUUGCACUGCACACAAAUUGACAAAAUAGUGGCACAAUAUGAUAAAGAAAAGGUAUCAUACGAGAAAAUGUUAGAGAAGGCAAUCAAGAAGAAGGGAGGAAGUAAUUGUCUUGAAUUGAAGAAAGAAACGGAAAUUAAAAUUCAGACACUAACAUCAGAUCACAAAUCUAAGGUCAAAGAGAUUGUGGCACAGCACACGAAAGAGUGGUCUGAGAUGAUCAAUACACACAGUGCCGAAGAGCAAGAAAUCCGUGAUUUACACUUGAACCAACAGUGUGAACUACUGAAGAAGCUGCUGAUUAACGUGCAUGAACAACAAACUCAGCAGCUAAAAUUUUCACAUGACAGGGAAAGCAAGGAAAUGCGUGCCAACCAGGCUAAAAUAUCUAUGGAGAACAGCAAAGCCAUAAGCCAAGACAAAUCUAUCAAGAAUAAAGCUGAGAGAGAGAGGCGAGUCAGAGAACUGAACAGCAGCAACACAAAAAAGUUCCUGGAAGAGAGAAAAAGGCUGGCAAUGAAGCAGUCAAAGGAAAUGGAUCAGUUGAAAAAAGUUCAACUUGAGCAUUUAGAAGUCUUGGAGAAGCAGAAUGAGCAGCUUUUGAAAUCCUGUCAUGCAGUGUCUCAAACACAAGGCAAAGGAGAUGCAGCAGAUGGUGAAGCUGGAAGCAGAGAUGGAUCGCAGGCCAGCAACAGUGGUCUAAAGCCUCAACAAGCAAAUUGAAGUUGGAGAACACAGCAUCCUUAAAAUGAGACAAAUUUCAAAAUAACAUUGCUGAGGUUGAAGUGUGGGCUUCUUCUGUUUUGUUUUGCCAGGGGGUGUUUGUUGUUUUUUUUUUUAAUAUAAGAAGUGUAGCUACGGACCACCAAGUCUUAAGAUUUGCAUUAUUUCUUUUUUAACACUGGGCACUGAAUUUCUUUUGUUGGAUUUCCCUAAGAGUCCCCUUUGUUCAGAAAAACACUAAUGAGAAGAUGAAGACAGUUUUUUAAACCCAGUCCUGUAUUCCUUUCUGUAUCUCAACAGGCAGCUUGCCUGCAUCAGAAUUACACAAUCAGAGCCUUGAAACACAACAGAUAUUUUUAACAUCAUCUCAAAUGGCAACAAAACUGUAGUCAUGUUAUUUACCAUUUGUGUUCUCAUGUGUGAUAUGUUGUGUAGAAACCUCAUGCUGCCAGAUGCUGACAAGCAACAACUCAUCCGAUGCUCAGUACCUGAUGUCAUUGAGCCCAGUGAACUGGAUCUUCUGCUAAGUCACCGUAAUAAUCAGUAUAGUAAGGAGUUGAGUUGGGGCAAUUUAAAAUGAUAUAUCAAAGUAUUUUUCAGGCAGUAGGCAGUUGAAAGUUAACUGUGUAUAUUCAGAAGUACAAUAUGUACAAAGUCAUCAGCCAACUUCAUCAGCUGUAGCAGUAACUUGACAGGGUAUUUCUGCAGUCCAAUGAUGUCAUUCACAAGUGCCAUAUCAACUCUAUCAUGUCUGAAAGAAGCCGAUAUCCUGUAAAAGUUACUGCAAUGGUUAGCGUGAGGGAAAUACAGUGUAUCUGUGCCAAAACUGAUCAGUGCUCUAAGGAUUUACAUAUUAGGCACUUUAAGAAAAGUUUACAUCCUACAUUGCUUGUAUAGAAAUUGCAUUUUGAUCCUAUUGCUGCAGAACCCAGAUACAACAGUUCAUUGUAACUUAAAGAUUGUUUAAAUGGCUUUUGGCAAAAAGUUUGUAACUGUGAAAAUGUAAAAAGUAUUUAUACACUUCAGAAUCACAACAUUGUAGAAAAUCACAUACUUGUCGCCACGUGAUAAAAUUAGUAAACAGAAAUGCUAAGAGUAUGUUUGCAUGUGAUACAAAUGCUACUAAGACUGUAAUGCCUACUAUAUGACCACAGUCAUUCUCCUAGCUGGUAAAUACUGAAUAAAUGUAUGGCACAGAAUAUUGUUUGAUUAAUUACAAAGACUUUUAGCAUAACAAGGUCUCUAUAUAUAUGUGUGUAUAUUAAUUACAUGGGCAUUCUUGAUACUUGUAGUAAAAGAAAAGUACAUAACUAAUUUAAUUUUACACAGAAGUAUUUAUGCAGAUUUUCAGAAUUUCAUAUCAGGAAUAACCUUUUUAUGUCCAUUAGAUAUAAGAACAAUUUGCUAAUGUGAUAAUUUGCAUGUUUUGAGAGCUUGCUGUAGUUAUAUUGCAAAACAAUGCAUGUAAGCAUUCCGCUUGGAAUUUGUCCAUGCUGCCAAAUCAAAGAUGACUGCAUGGAAAACUGGUAGUUUAGAACAAAUCAGAUUCCUGAUUUUAAUGUACUAAGCACCAAUUACUUUGUUGUAUAUGCUUGUACAAACAAAUUCUACAUAUUCCUAUAAACAAAAUAAAUGAAAAGAGAUAAUUAUGUUCUUGUCAGUCCUGAGAUGAAACUUUCAACUUCUCUAAUAAAAACCUUAAAAAUUCAAA